AUGAAAAGUGGAGUUUCAAGUAAAUUCUCUCAAGAUCCAGAUAAAUUCAUUAAUGACAAUUCGUUUUUAAAUAAAGUUCAGAUCAAUGACCUUGUUAAAUACUUGAAUAAUUCAACUUUAAACCUAAAUCAAUUUUUAAAUUUGCUUCAAAAUGUAUCAAAAUUGCAGUAUGACAAGAUAAAUAUCUACUAUAUACUUGAACAAGUUACUAUAGAUCUAGAUAAUGAACCAAUUCGUGUUAUUGAAUUCCUUUUCUCGAUAUCAAAUAUUUUGAACAACAAAUUCUUUUCAAAUCUUUCAAAAUACAUGAGAUACAUACUUAACAUUCCAGAACCAGAACAAGUAAAAGAAGAACCACAAUCUGUAGAAGAAGUACAAGAUCAGAAAGAAGAGUUCGAAGAAAAGAAAAAUGAAAUUUUAGAAGAACUGAUAAAAAUCGAAAAAAAGAAAGAUAAUUUCAGAAAAAUCUAUGGAAUACUUGAUCAAUGCAGUAAUGAGAAUGACUUAGAAACGAUGAAGAAAGCUAUAGAAUAUGGGUAUAAUGAUAUCCAAGACUAUGAUGGCAAUAAAAUUUUAACAAAAGCAGCUUCUAAAAAUAAUUUAAAUCUUGCAAAAAUGCUAGUUCAAUGUGGAGAUGAUCCUUCAUUCUUAGGUGAUUCAAAACGAAAUGCUUUGUAUAUAUUCUGUAGAGAAGGCAAUCUAGAAGCUGUUAAGUUCUUUGCAUCGCAGCCAAAUAUAGAUCCAAAUUCUCCAAAUGUUGACAAUUGGACAACAUUAAUGAUAGCAGUAAAAUAUGAUCAUUAUGAAGUCGUUCAGUAUCUUCUUACAUUAAAAGGUAUAGAUAUCAAUGCAAAGAAUGUUUGGAAUGAAACUGCUCUUCAGCAAGCCAAAUCUGAAAGAAUGAGAAAUCUCCUUAUCAAAAAUGGAGCUGUGUGA